AUGCGUUCUUAUGAACAAGAAUCUGAUGAUGAAGGCACAAUUCUUAGAUCACGUGUACAAACAUUAAAACAUGUAGCACUAGAAAUUUCCGAUGUACUAAAAAAUCAAAAUAAGGAUUUAGAAAAUUUACAGCCCGGAUUUGAAAAUAAAUUGUUAAGCAUUUUUAAAAAUGUAAAACUAAUAAAAAGUGUUAAACCACAAUAUUUUAAAACAUGGCUGUAUUACAUAGGAGGAACAUUUGUUUUAUUUAUGCUUUUUUUAAUUUUGUUUGUUUUUACUUAA